UCAGCCCACUUUAUAACCACUUAUAACGCGCCUUUCUCAUUGAACGUUUCGAAACAUUCUGGAAUCAUCACCCAUGAUUUUUCAACAACAAGAUCAUCGAAUUGGAACAGUACCGUCCGUUCCAGACGAUUCCAGCUUCUACAUAUAACAUAUACCAUACACAUACACAUAUUAGAAUUUAUACUAGCUAAUCCUCAACUUAAUCCUUAACCAAGAAAACAAAAAAUUUAAUAAUAUCUAUCUUAUUGCUGCUGUUUCGUUCAUUUGACAACUUGAAUUUUCUUGAUUUCGCUCAAUUUCAUUCCUAACAACUUCAGUUCCUAAGAGAGAGAUCCAUGAUGAAUUCUGACAGAACUUUACGAGGAAGUUGCCACUGCGGCAGAAAUCAAUAUACAGUUCUAAUACCCGGGGAUUCUUCUGGAGGAGCUCAAGUUCUCUUUGAUUCGAACAUAGGCCGUAGAAUUCCGUCGGCAACGCCAUUUUCGGCCUUCCUCAGAGUUCCGCUUUCGUGGUACCACAGCCAAACAUUUCCAUUCUUCCCCGACGAGUCUCGGAUUAAUAUAAGACGUGUCUAUUCACAUCCCACCGAGCAAAAUGCUAUGCGACAAUUCUGUGGGUUCUGCGGAACUCACUUGUCAUAUUGGUCCGAAGAACCUAGGAGCGAGGCCGACUAUAUUCAAUUGACGCUAGGUAGCCUCUUGGACGAAGACCUCCGUGACCUAGAGGAUCUAGGAUUGAUCCCCGACGAAUCUGAAUCGGACCCUAUGGAAAUUGUGCCUACCACUACUACAUCCGACCAAAUUUCACAGUUGACCGGACGGGAUGUAGCGGGUAUUCCAUGGUUCGAAAGCAUGAUUCUAGGUAGUCGUUUAAGCAAGCUUCACGCUACGAAAAGAGUUAGGGAGAGUCGAGACGGAGGGGUUCGAGUUGAGUACGAAGUUACGGAAUGGACAGGAGAUGAUGCGGCAGAGGACGGGCAACAGCAUGCGGGAAUAUUCUAUGAGGCACCUACGACGGGUAAGAGAAAACGCGGAGAAGCUGAUGCCGGAAAGGGCGGAAAUACUUCCUAGGACAUCAUGAUUUUGAUCGCUCGGUCGCCGUGCAUGCGGCCGAUCGAAUCUACCUGCUACUGGAUGAUACAGCUAUAAGGCAUUAGCGAGAAAAAAAAAAAGGGAUCGGCUUGAAAUAGGAUAAGUAUUACACCCAUCGGAAAGAUGCUCACUUCCUCCUGUGUUCUCUAGGUAGCGGCAGCCGCUGCCUUUUAUUCCUGCAAUGCGGCGACUGGAUAAGUGAAUCCUACACUGAGGCUUAUCAUUAUUCGCAAGGAUACAUAGUAGUGAUCUGUCAA